UAUAAAUACUCUUGCACUUGCUGCGCCCAAUCAAUUUCAUCUGAACACAAUGUUCAAUAUCCUUCAAGCUCUUUACGUUCCUUUCCUCUUCAUCAGCGUUCUGGGAGGCGCUGCUGCGGCGAGUGGAGGCUGUACUUCAACAACUAAUGCCUGGCAUGUGUCCCUUACGAGUACGAGGUUCGUUCUUGUAGCCGUGUUGCUUAAGGGAAGUGUCUACGCUGACACAUCAUCUAGCAGGGUUGCGCCAUUGGCAUUGCCGAGGUCUGACGUGGCGUCAGGUGACGACUUGGUAAAGAAAUGCAAAUCCCUGGAAGGAAGCGCAAAAGGCUUGAGUUCUCUGUUUAGCUUCUUUGGUGGUGGUGAAUGGGUACUCGGAGGAACGUCCUACUUCGUCUCAGAAGCGCAAAAGCAAGCAGUCAUGGAUUACACAGGCAAUUGUACCACACCUAAUGUUGGCCCUGUUCCGAAAAACGUGUUACUUAUCAAAUGGAACAAGGACGGGAAUUACAUAUAUCCAGGUACAAAAUGGUGCGGCGCUGGAAAUAUAUCCAAAGAAGGUGACCCGUAUGGAAAUGCCAAGGAGACAGACAAGUGUUGCGAAGAUCAUGAUAAAGCCGAGGAUUACAUAUUAGCGUCGCAAACACACCCUAACCAUACAGAGCUGAAAAACCCCAAACAAUAUACCGUAACCAACUGUAAGGAUGACAUAAAGCUCUUCAACUGCUUGUUACAAGACAAUUCCACAGACUCGUAUCAGUUUGGCCAAGCGUUUUUUGACGCUCUUGGGGUUCCUUGCUUUGCUCACACUCUCAAAGUAAGCUGCACUACCAGCUUGUUUUCUUCUACGAAAAACUGUGAGAUUAAAGAAAAGGAGAAAAAGGAGUGGGGAUUCCUCGAUCCUCCAAAUUUCUACGCUGCAUUCACGAAGAGAUGGUACCCGGAUAAGAAAACAACCACCAAAGAAGAGGAAGGCCGGGUGACGUGGAAGCAACUAUGCCAGAAGGAUACAGACCUGGAAUGCGGCAAAUAUGAUUUUCUCACGUAGAACAGAAGUGAAAUUACCCCUGUGCUUUAGGAAGCACCGUUUUAAUUUAAUGCAUCUCUAUGGAAUAAAGUUCGCAUUUUAAAACAUUGU